CUGAUGGCGAUUUCUUUGUUGAUUUUCGUGGCAAAAAGAUAUUUAAUGUAAACGAUCCUCGCUUAAAAGAUCCCUAACAGCAAGAUAAACCCACUUUCGAGUACUGAAACUUCCCUACUGAGAUGCCAAGAUGAGCAACGCUUUGAAAGCCAAGGAAUUACUCAUACGCGCCGUGGAAUGCGACCAAAAUGCGCGGAUUUUGGAGGCGCAGACGCUCUACACGGAGGGAAUUGCUCAGCUAAUGCAGUUCGUAAACGGAGAACCGGAUGAGGCGAAGCGGAAAGGAUUCCUCACCAGGAUCAAGGAGUACAUGGAUCGGGCGGAUGCCAUAAAAGCGCGCGUUAACGGAAAACUCAUGCUCGGCGAAGUUGUUUCCCACGUUUCCAUCGACGAAAAUGACACGGGCUUCGAUUACGAUCAGCUCUUCGGAAAAUUUAUGGAUGACAAAACAGUGGAGAUAAUGCUGGAGGAGCCCUAUAUGACGCAAAACUAUCAGUAUCAAAACCUAGUGAGAUUCUUGGAGUUAGCUGCCACCAACUGCCCAAAUUUAAAGUAUUUUCGCCUGGUCACCAAGGAGUACCAGGAUCCCAAGAACCCCGAUCAACAAAGAACAAAUCUUGGACAGAUCAAAGGAGAUUUGGAGCGGAGAAACAUUACCUUCUCCAUAAAAUACGAAGACUCGCUGCACGAUCGCAAAAUCUACUUAAGCAAUGGCUACAUAAUCAAGAUUGGACGAGGUCUGCACUUUUACAAGGCCGCCAACCCGAUGUAUUCCAUUGGCCUGGUCAACUACAAAUUCCGAAAAUGCCUCCAAACGGAUGUGGAUAUUUGGCGCAACAGCAGCGCAGCUUCCUGAGAAAGCCCAGACAAAAGACAAUAAUAUUUAGCUUUAAGUGAUGCAACUGCUUUUAUACAUCCUUUUGGUAUUUUUUCUAUAAAGAUUUCUUACAAUUUC